CAAUCUCAUCCACAAAAGUCAAUCAUCAUCAAAAACACUAAAUUGUUUUCGUAGCAAAAAAUCUUCUCUGUGAUACAUUAGUGCAGUUUUAGAUUGAAAUCGAAAGGGAAAUUAUGUCGCAGCCAACAGCAGGAACUGCUCGUGCACCAGCGAAAACUGCACCGACAGCAGCAGCACCAUCAGCAGCAGCAUCGAGUGGUACAGCAGCCCCUGUUCACGUGCAAGAAUUUACCGUUCGAAUUCCAAAGAACCUCAAAAAAAUGCACCACGUGAUGCGUUUCAAUGCAACACUCAAAGUGGACUUUGCCCAAUGGAAAAAUGUCAAAAUGGAACGUGAAAAUAAUAUGCGCGAUGCUCGAGCGAUGGAAGAAGAGAUGCCAAAAUUUGGUGCCGGCUCUGAAUACAAUCGCGACCAGAAGGAAGAGUUUCGGCGAAAAAAAUUUGGCUUUACACCGCGCAAAUACAAACAAGAUGCUCAACCAUGGAUUUUGAAAGUUGGUGGAAAAUCGGGCAAAAAAUUCCGCGGAAUUCGUGAAGGUGGUGUCGGCGCUUAUGCGUCAUUUUAUGUUUUUGCACAUUCUCCCGACGGUGCUAUUGAAGCGUACCCCUUGAAUGAAUGGUAUAAUUUUCAACCGAUUCAACGGUACAAAGCGCUGUCGGCCGAAGAAGCUGAACAAGUAUUUGGUCGAAGAAAUAAGGUUAUGAAUCACUUUUCGCUGAUGAUGCGGCAUCGCUUGAAGGGUGACGAAGAAGGACAAGACGAUCCCGAAGAGGCAAAACUGAAAUUGAGCGGUAAAAAGGCAAAAGAGUUCAAAAUUAGCGACGCCGAUGACAUCAUGAUGGACUCGGAUGAUGACAGUGAUUCGGAUAAGGAGGAAAAGAAAGAUGAUGAUAGUGACGCAGAGUCGAAGAAAAAGAAGAGUAAAAAGCAACCACUGAAAAAGAAGAAGAAGAAAAAUGGCAGCGACGAUGAAGCAUUCGAAGAGUCUGAUGAUGGUGAUGAAGAAGGUCGCGAAAUGGAUUACAUUGAGUCAAGCGAUUCAGACGAAUCCGAUCCUGAGCUACAGAUGGUCAAAGAAAUGAAGUCGGUCGCGGAAGAAGAUGGAUUGCGUAAAUUGUUAGACUCCGACGAGGAAUCCGAAGAAGAAAAGAACUCAAGCGAUGAAUCAAGCAAAGAAGAAGAGAAGAAAAAAGAGGUGAAGGACAAAGAAACAAAGGACAAAAAGAAGUCAAAAUCGAAGAAGCCCAAAGAUGGGGACAAAAAAGAGUCGCUCAGUGAUUUGAGUUCAGACAGCAGUGAUUCAGAGGUUGAAUCGAAGAAACCGCGAAAAUUGAACGGUAACAGUGCGAAUAAUUCACGAUCGGCAUCACCGAGCAUGGAAGUCUUGGCCGCUGGCCCAAGCGGAUUGAAACGAAAAUUACCAUCCGAUUUGGGAUUAGGUGGUAACAGUAACGGUGCUUCUGAAAAUAGCAAUAGCCCCAACGUUACACCAGCCAAAAAAACAAAAUACGAUACACCUUCCGUUCCGGCAUCUUUUGCUGGAGUCAUCUCGAGCAAUAAAGAUGACAAUGGUAUCACUGAAGAGGCCGUUAGACGUUAUUUGAUGCGUAAGCCAAUGACAACCACAGAACUGUUGACCAAAUUCAAAAAUAAGAAAACUGGAGUGACCAGCGACAAAUUGGUGGAGACAAUGACACAAAUUCUCAAGAAAAUCAAUCCGGUCAAGCAAACCAUUCAAGGAAAAAUGUAUCUUAGUAUUAAAAACAAAUAGAGAAUGGUCAACAGCCGAAAGAAGAAAAAAAAAAACUUUGCAAUUAUUUGCUGGUCGUGCAAAUAGGCAAUGGUGUUGCUAAUAUAAAAUGCUAAAUUAUAUUUUUGUUCUAAUGAAAGAAAAUAAUAAAUGAGCUACACAACUCGUUAAUACGAAGA